UUAUUUGCUUGCAACAGAAGCUAAGAUGAAUUUCUUCCAUAUGUUAAUCGUAAUAGCUUUGGUCUUGGCCAUUUUUAUGGACCAAUCGCGUGCUAAUUGGAUAGAUGAUAUUGGCGCAGAAGUGGAAAAGGCUGGCAAAGAAGUCGAAGAAAUGGGCAGAGCUGUUGAAAAUAUGAACAAUCAAUUUUUAUACCAGCAAUAACAUUUGCUUCAUUGUUAUCAAAAAAUAUAAACUUCAAUAGAUAUUACUGAAAAUUAAAAAGAUGUGAAGUGCUCAUAGGAACACGUUUGAUUGAAAA